UAGUGUUUACUGGAAAAAUAGGUUGCUUCGCAAUUUCGCAUCAGUCAUAGGCAUUUAUUUUAAAAUUAGUGAUAGGCUUGUUAUUCUGUUUUUUGGUUGCUUUAACUUUCGUUGACACUUAUUUAGACACGUUUUUUCUUUACUACAGCAGCAGAUACAAUUAUGCUGUUUCUGCACUCAAUGCUUUGAGUAACAGAGUAUUUUAGAACUAUCAGAGGGAGCCAUAUGACGCAGCUCAAUAUAUCAAUGCUGCUUUGUAGAUAUUUUUUAACUCUUUACCAAAAAUACAUAGAGCAAUUUCCAUCAAUAUGCAUAGUUGAGUUAACUCAGUUUGAUCUUCGAGUAGUCCAUGAACGCAACAGGAGGCAGUACCAGGUAAGAGGCUGCGUCUGACCGUUAGGUAGCGGUCCAGCUAACUUCACGGCAACUAUGCCUGGAAAAUGUAAAUUCCAAGAGUCCUGGCUUGCCAAGGGAAUUUACAAGGACUGGCUGGUUAAGGACGUCCAAGACAUUCACUUCGCCCGAUGCAGGGCCUGUUGUAAAUCAAUCAAACUUCAGACCAUGGGCGAGGCUGCACUCACCAGCCACGCAGGGGGAGCCGGCCACAAAGCAGCGGUCCGCAAGCUAGCGGAAGCAGGCAAUUUGAUGAUGAUAAAUGCUGCUGGGCAGAUGAAUGGCAGUGUGAAUCAGGAUGAGGACAGCAAGGAGCAAGUGGCCAUCUGCCUUCAACGUGAUGCCUUGGACAGAAUAACAGGCAGCGACUGGUCAGAUCUGCACCACAGCCCCACUACAAACUCCACCUCCCACAAUGCAGAGCUACAGGAUGUGACAUUUCCUGCUGCCUUCUUCACAUCACCAGGCACCUCCAGGCUUAUCAGCCAGCGUCUCCACCCGUCAGGCAGCGAGACGGAGGAAGCGGACCGCCGCUCGACUCUGCACGACUGUGUAGACCUAUCGAGACUGGAGCACCAGCAGAGAACAGAAGCUCUGGAGCAGCAGCAGCAGAUGAAGAUUCUGGAGUGGGAGAACAAGAUGAAGGUGCUGGCGUGGGAGCAGGAACUGGUGAAGGAGAAGAGGAGAGCAGCCCGGCAGAAGGAGAAGGCCUUCAGGAUGAAGAAGGCUUACUACAAAGCCAAGCUAAAGAGGAUGGGCGAGGACGUGCCGCCAUGUUCCUCCAGCAGCAGCGAUGAAGAGGAGAAAACAUCUGAUCCGACAGGAUGAACUAUUUUAAUAGUUGCGUUUUUAUUAGUGCUUGUUUCAUUCUUAUAUUCUUUUGUUUAUAUGCCAUGGAACUGUUACAAUUUUUAUACAUUUAUUUGUACUUUAAUGCAAAAGGAGGAUUCUCGGUUGCUUUAAAUCAGCUGUUCUUACACAAGGAGGGGAAAUUACUUUUCCUGCUAAAUGAGUAAAAGGCUUUUUUGGUUCUUUUGAGGUAGACUGCAGUUGUGAAAAGCAUAUGACAACAUCUUACUCAAGUACAAGUACUGUUACUUAAAAGUAGAAGUAAAAUUACUUGGGUUGCAGACUACUCAAAAGUACAAAAGUAGGUCUUUUGAAGACUGAGACAAUAUUCCAUAUGGUCAAAACGACUAUCAACGAAUCUCUCUGCAAUGUGACUAUCAUCUUUUCUGUCUAAGUAAGCUUUCUCAAAUAUAUUUAAACUAAACUAAAUGAAUACAACACUUCAUUUAAGCUUAACCCAAGUGAAAGAUGUAGUACUAAUAGACCUAUAAAAGUACAUGGAAAUGCUGUGAAUGCUAUGAAACACAAAUACUUUGCACACCUUGUAGAAAAGCCUCAGAACUGUGUAAAAGGGUUGAGAUAUAAAUCACCAUUCUCCUGUUUUGUAUUAUCUGUCAUUUUAAUCAUUUAAUCAAAUGUGGCCUCAGUAUAUUUAAAAUAAUAAAUCUUCAUUUAUGUUUAAGGUGAUAGUUUCUGUAAAGGUCAAAGCCUAUUGUAGGGAGAACGUCAUUUUAAAGAAUGUGCUGAGAUUACGUCUGAUUACUACAGAUGUAGAAAUGAAAUGACAUUCCUAAAUAGACAAUCUUUUAACAUGAUUUUACUUGCCAAACUUCUUUUGCGGUGCAUGUUAACAUGAGUAUGUAUGCUUUAACAUUUUUAUUUGCUUUGUAAAUAAAUGUACAUUUGGUACAAAGUUGGAGUUGACUACAGGCAGGUGAGAAAUCAAAGAAAAAACCUGAAUAAAAGAGUGGAGAAACAUA